CUUUUCUACAAAGCUCUCCCCGUCGCAAAGAGAAAUCUUUUUUCCUCCUCUCUCUUCUUCUCCCAGGCGCUUCUCUAGACACGAAGCCGUCCCAGGCGAUUGAGGUUGGCUGCUGCCAACCCCUCCUUCAUCACGAAGCCCUUCGCCUCGUCCUCCCUCUUCGCUUCUCUCUCUCUCUUUACCCCUCGCGCAGCUAGCUCUGCAGCUCUUGGAUUCACUCCAACUUCCUCGCGUCUAGUCGUCUUCGUUCCCCGUCGCGGCUACGCGAAAUCAAGAAAGAUGCCUCCCAAGAAGCAGGUUGUCGAGGAGAAGAUCCCACUGGGCCGGCCCGGUAACAACUUGAAGAGUGGUAUUGUCGGUCUUGCAAACGUCGGCAAAUCCACUCUGUUCCAGGCCAUCACCAAGUCCAACCUUGGUAACCCAGCUAACUUCCCCUAUGCCACCAUCGACCCUGAGGAAGCCCGUGUCAUCGUUCCCGAUGACCGGUUCGACUGGCUCGUCGAGAAGUACAAGCCCAAGUCGGUCGUCCCGGCCAACUUGACCGUCUACGAUAUUGCCGGUCUCACACGUGGUUCAUCCACUGGUGCUGGUCUCGGAAACGCCUUCUUGUCCCACAUUCGCGCUGUCGACGCCAUCUUCCAAGUCGUCCGAAGCUUCGACGAUGCAGAGAUUAUCCACAUUGAGGGUGACGUGAACCCCACCCGAGAUCUGGAUAUCAUCAGCGAGGAGCUCCGACUCAAGGACAUUGAGUUCGUUGAGAAGGCCCUCGAGAACCAGAAGAAGAAGACCCGCAUGGGUGGUCAAAGUCUGGAGCUGAAGAAGGCCCGUCAAGAGCAGGAUACGAUCGAGAAGAUCCUUGCCUGGCUCAACGAUGGCAAGGACAUCCGCAAGGGUGUCUGGGGACCCAAGGAAAUCGAGGUUAUCAACCCUCUGAUGCUCCUCACGGCCAAGCCCGUUGUCUACCUCGUCAACUUGUCUGAAAAGGACUUUAUCCGCAAGAAGAACAAGCAUCUUCCCAAGAUUGCCGAGUGGGUCAACGAGCAUGCCAAGGGCGAUCCCAUCAUCCCCAUCUCAGUCUCUUACGAGUCUCGACUCACUCAGUUCGAGACUGAGGCUGAGGCCAAGGAGGAGAUGAAGACUGUUGGGGCCGACUCUGUUCUGCCCAAGGUCAUCACCCAGAUGCGCAAGACUCUGCAGCUGGGCAGCUUCUUCACCGUUGGCCCCGAUGAGGUCCGCCAGUGGACCAUCCGUACUGGCACAAAGGCCCCCCAGGCCGCCGGUGUUAUCCACACUGAUUUCGAGAAGACCUUUAUUCAGGCUCUCGUUUUCGCCUACAAAACCCUGCACGAGAUGGGUGAUGAGGCCGAGGUCAAGGCCAAGGGCAAGGUCAUGACCAAGGGCAAGGAGUACGUCGUAGAAGACGGUGACAUCCUGCACAUCAAAGCCGGUGCUGCCAAGAGCUAAGGAGUGAAUAUCUCACCCUGCCUUGGUAUGAGUAAAUAGUCAAAAAGUUAAAUGUGAUGACGUGACGAAGUAAAUUCCGUCAACACCCAC